GAGUUUGUUUCGUUUUCUCCUCCCAGAUUUACAACGUCACGUUAUCCAAGAGUUGGUAGUGUAUAACAAAAUUACAUGUAUGGGCUGAAGGAAAAGGGAAAAGAGCACUGGCUUAUACAGUAUUUCAUUCGGAAAGGGGAGUCAUACACAUUCUACAGCCAUCCUAUGACAGUUUUGUUACUUGUGGUGUUUUUAUAAGCAAGUGCCUUGGAUUUUGAUGAUUUUUCUUGCCCAGGAUUUUCCAGUUUGGUAUAACUGUAUUCCUAUGUAGUGGAUUGAAGACAAGGUCCGCCAUAUUCUGCCUUACCACGCCCGGGGAGAUAAGCCAUUGAAAAGAGGCUGGAUUUUGUUUUCACUUUUUUUCUUUGUAGUGUGCGGUAAAAUAUAGAGGGGCAACGCUUCCGCAGAAACUGGGGUGAGCAGAUGAAGAAACACCACACUGCAGGGUAACUAAGAAAGACUGCAGAGAGGCAGGCGUUCCCGAAGGUAGUACGGCAGUGUCUGGAGAGAUUUCUGUGUAGAUUGAAAAGGAAUGCAGUAUAGCCCGUCGGGAACUCUGACAAGAUCUGUGUGUUUUGGGGGGAUUACCGGCAACGUGUUGUGUUACUUGGUGGGAGCUGUCGGUAGUGUAAUCUGACACUGGCGGAAGGGCUGGCUGCUGUUUGUGUCUUGGCGCCUGCUGCUGGGUUCAUGUGCCCAAGCCCGUGUUGUUUGGUGCACUUGGUCGCUAAGGGCCGAGCUACUGAGAAGAAAAGCUAACUACAUUCUCAAACACAUAGCAGCAUCCCUGCUGUCUCCAGUGCAGAGUGCCUGACACCAUCUACAUAGUAGCAGAUUCUAGUGUUUUAUUUUGGGGGGUGGGGGCUUGACUUGCACUUUUUUAACUUUGGAAGAAUGACUCUGGAGUCCAUCAUGGCGUGCUGCCUAAGCGAGGAAGCGAAAGAAGCCAGACGGAUCAACGACGAGAUUGAGAGGCAGCUUCGCCGGGAUAAGAGGGACGCACGCCGUGAGCUGAAGCUACUGCUGCUCGGCACAGGAGAAAGUGGUAAAAGCACAUUCAUCAAACAGAUGAGGAUUAUCCAUGGUUCUGGGUACUCUGAUGAGGACAAACGAGGCUUUACAAAAUUGGUCUAUCAGAAUAUCUUCACAGCCAUACAGGCUAUGAUAAGAGCAAUGGAAACUCUCAAAAUACCCUACAAGUUUGAUCAUAAUAAGGCAAAUGGACAGCUAGUUCGUGAAGUGGAUGUAGAGAAGGUCUCAACUUUUGAAAAUCAUUACGUAGAUGCAAUAAAGAGUUUAUGGAAUGACCCUGGUAUCCAAGAAUGCUAUGACAGGAGAAGAGAGUACCAGUUGUCUGACUCUGCAAAAUACUAUCUUAAUGAUCUGGAUCGCAUCGCGGAUUCUGGUUACCUACCCACUCAACAAGAUGUGCUCAGAGUGCGAGUCCCAACCACGGGAAUAAUUGAAUACCCUUUCGACUUACAAAGCGUUAUUUUCAGAAUGGUGGAUGUAGGAGGACAGCGAUCUGAAAGGAGGAAAUGGAUCCACUGUUUUGAAAAUGUCACGUCCAUAAUGUUUCUAGUAGCUCUUAGUGAAUAUGACCAGGUGCUGGUGGAGUCUGAUAAUGAGAAUCGUAUGGAGGAGAGCAAAGCAUUAUUUAGGACGAUUAUAACAUACCCCUGGUUUCAGAAUUCAUCAGUCAUUCUGUUUCUAAACAAGAAGGACCUCUUGGAAGAGAAGAUAAUGUACUCCCAUCUAGUUGACUAUUUUCCAGAAUAUGAUGGUCCACAGCGAGAUGCACAAGCAGCAAGGGAGUUCAUCUUGAAGAUGUUCGUAGACCUGAACCCUGACAGUGACAAAAUCAUCUACUCCCACUUCACGUGUGCCACCGACACAGAGAACAUCCGUUUCGUCUUUGCUGCUGUCAAGGACACUAUCCUACAAUUAAAUCUAAAGGAGUACAAUUUGGUCUAGCCAGACCCCAACAUCCUUCUUCCCUGGACCUCUUGGGGUGAUCAUGAGAAAUAAAAAAGUGACUGUAUUAUCAGUGAAAAGAAUUUGCAUAAUACUAAUUUAUUGCUGUCCAGGAACUCUGUGCAUGUCCACAGGGUUUGUAGUAAAUAUUAUGAUUUUAUUUAAAAAAUGUGGAGGAAACAACAAACAUGCUGAAGUACACUUGGCAGCACACUUCCUCAGAUUUUUGUAGCAAAAUCUUGUGACUUAAUGUAAGUGUUUUAAAUUCAAUCAUGCACUCACGUGGGGUUAGGGUUUUCUGGUUUUGAAGCAAAUCAAAGCUUAUUUCCUUCUGUCAUUCCUUUCUUCCCCACAAUCCCUCCACCUAGUACACAUUUGUAUUUCUUUGAGGUACAACAACAUUUUUCCCAAGUUAUGUUCCCUUUAGUGGUUGUGUAGUACCGUUAUGAGUGCCACCAUUCCUUCUCAGCUGCAAAACCAUCUGGGUAUGUAUUUCUUUUCCUCUGAAGGAUAACAAUUUAAGUAUUGAUACUGUGACUUUUAAAUUAUUAUGUUUUUUCUGGUACUUUUUUGGGGAGUGAAACUCUAGUAAUGGGAAUGUGGUACACAAAAAAGGUAAAUGUUAACUGCUUCCAUCUUUUGGCCAUUUCAGUAACAUGUUGAAAGUCUGUAUAGCAGUCGCUAAACAUAAUUCUUCAGAAGGAAAAGGGAAGCAAACAAAAUGAUGUAUUCUUUGUGAAGUGAUGAACUUUAUAUUUCUUAUUGAUGUUGCCACUUUUGCAUUUUAAAGUUUUUUCUAUACAUUUCUGAUGCCAAACAGAAUGCCAUGGACACUACAAUUCCUACAGCAUCUGCCAUUUGAAUCUUAAAGUAUUUUUAAGCUACAAUUGGAAUAAUUUUGUUUCUUUAUAGUCUACCACUUUAAAUUGUUUGUGUACUGUGCAGUUUUUCUUGUUGCCAAAUUUUUUUUUUGUAAACACUUUUUUAAACUUUCUCUUUUUUUUGUUUUGUUUUUGCUUUAAAUGCCAAAAAAACAUAUUAACUGGGGGAAUAUUUUUUUGGUGGGGGGAGUGAUCCUAAAGAACUGCUUUGGCAGUAGAUCAUGGAAUCAAGUCUCAUGAAAGUGUUUUGCACAACAUGCCAUAAAGCAGUUUGAACUUCUCUGCA